AUGCACCUUGGCUGUGACAGUUUUGUUUUUCACUUUGCUCUGGAGGCCCAGCUGGUAAUCCAGACAGGCAGCGACCUGAGAGACAUGCUGGAUGGAUUAAACCAAAUUUAUCCCCAACUACACAAGCUCAAGCCCUUUCUCUUCAGUUGUUACAGAGUGACAGAGGGACGUCUUCAAGCCAUCGUAUCUCAAAGCUUCUGCAGAUUAAACCCAAACUAUCUGCUAGGCACUGGGGCCAGAGUGAAGACACCCAGAUGGAAGGCUCACCGUGACGUCAUCCGCAACACCUGGGGAGGUGAAAGCCUGGUCCUGGGCAAAGUUGUAAAGCUGUUCUUUCUGCUGGGGCUUCAGACUGGAGAGGGAUCGGAGCAGCUCCAAGAGCAGCUGCUGCAGGAGAGCACAGAACAUCAAGAUCUGAUCCAGAGCGAUUUCCUAGACUGCUACAAGAACCUGACCAUCAAGACCAUGAUGAUGCUGGAGUGGUUGGACACCUACUGCUCUGGCGCCUCUUAUGCCAUGAAGAUUGAUUCAGACAUGUUUCUAAAUGUGCCCAAUCUCAUUAAUAUGUUGUCACAUGCUCCAAAGGAAAACUACAUGAGCGGACUUGUAGUGAGACAAGCUGUAGUUCUCAGAGAUCGGACAUCUAAGUGGUGCCUACCUGUGGAGCUUUACCCUCACCCACGCUACCCACGUUACGCUUUGGGUCUAGGCUACGUUUUAUCUUUAGACCUCCCUAAAAAGCUUGUGGGGGCAUCCAGACACGUUAAAGCUGUUUACAUAGAGGACGUGUAUUUGGGGCUGUGUAUGGAGUACUUGGGCAUCUCUCCCACUGACCCCCCGGACAAGAGCUACUUUAAUGUCUUCCCCGUGCAGUACAGUCACUGUUCUUUCUCCAGGAUAAUAGCCACCACAACUCAUAAUUACUCUGAUCUUUUAUGGAUCUGGAAAGACUUACACAGACCUGAGCAACAGAUCUGUCCUGAAGUGCAGUUUCAGAACUAAACCCUUGGUGCUGUUCAAAUGAACUCUCUGUUAAUCAGUCUCUGACACUGCACUGAGAUUGCAUGCAAGAUGGUCUUGGUCUGUUUUCAAGCUGACUCUGGUGUCAAAGCAAAAUAAACCAACCAGAGGAUUAGUAGUUAUCUGUUUUUUUACCUUACAUUCAAAAGCUAAACUACUAUUAGAGCUUAAAUUUCUGUUUCAGAUAACGAUUUUGCUGCUGAGAAACUUCUGUUACUCCGGCACUGCUUUUUGUUUACAACUGCAAAGUUGUAGCAUUUUGAUGUGGCGGUGAGCAGACUGUAACCUUUUGUAAAUGUUAUAUUUCCACCCUGUUUCCCAUUAUUAUUUCCCAUUAUUUUGCCAAAGCAGACAACUGCCCGCAUAAAGUCAAAAGCCCUGUGUUCUGUGUUGUCUCUAUAACAUGUCUAUCUACACAGGCUUGCACUGCUGAAGUCCAUCAGUGUGGCAUUGGUCUUGUAGAGGGCCUCUGUGUCAAAAUCUAAUUUUAUGACUUAAAAUACUUUGAACUUAUUUGUUUUUAUUUUUAUUAUUAUUUUUUUUUUAUAUCAAAUUGCUUUAUUUUUUCUGUGCCAAAUAAUUAACAACCAGAAAACCAACACAGUAGGGCUGCAGCCAGUCAUUACUUUCAUCAUCAUCAAUACACCUGACAGUUAUUUUCUUUAAAAAUCCGCUGAUUGUUCUGAAUCAGAAGCAGGUCUUAUUAGCUGACACACACAAGGAAGCUGUUUCCGCUUGUUGGUGUUUCUCCUGAAGGAUUUCAUUGAAUGCCUUAUUAUUCCCUGAAUUCCUUCAUUUUAUCAGACCUCAUCAGUCAUUGUGUGGUACUUGCAAUGAACAUCUGAGUAAUAACUUCUUUUUAAUGACCUUUCUGACUUGUGAAUCAUCCCUCAUGAUCCCUCAUCCAUCAUCCACUUUCCUCUGAGACAUGGUUUGAGAGUUCAGAGUCACGCAUACCUACAUAAACAAGAGAAGAAGAAAAGGCCAGUAUAACAACUAUGAGUAGACUGUAAGUAACCAUGAUGGACAUAGUCAGUGCAGGUUCUGUGCAGAUGACUUCACCACAUACUUAUUUUUAAGGUUAUGAUUAUUGGUUGACUUCUGUUGUCUUCUUGAUCUGAAACUGGUCUCCACAUCAACCUAAUCAAAACCUGAGGAGACGUAAAGGAGGUAAGGAAAAUUCAUUGAUUUUUGUGGGCUCAGCAGACUGAUUGGUCCUGAGGGCACAUGUAGUCAUGGAGAGCAAGCAGUGUUGUGACUAGAUGGAGAAACACAAUACUCAGUAAUGACUCAGUGCUCUGCUGACUGUCAUGAGAAAUCCCUGCUUCCUUCAGGAAGGAAACAGGGAUCUCUCAUGGCAUGCACAUUCCCAUUAUUCUGCUUUUAAACUAUGGUUGACCUGAGUACACUUUUCAUUCAGUUUAAACCUUUGCAAAUUACAUAUAUCAGAUGACACCAAUGAGAUGGUAAUAAGAUAAGAUAAUAAUAGUUGCAGGAGGUUUCCUCCACUAAGUCACAAUGGCAGGACAUUUUCCUGUGGUAUUUGAUGGACUAGAAAUGAUCUCAGGCUUUCAGGAAUUUCAUCACUCGGCCAAGUUAUUUCCUAAUUCCCACCCGGUUUGAUAAACUCACACCCAUUCAGCCCUUGCAACUGCUCCAGUAACCUAGUGUGACUCACGUCAGUGUUCAGGGGUCUCUGCGUAUCUUAGUAACCAUGAUGCCUGUUUUCAGCCUCACCCACAGCUGGUCAGUUUAACUUCAGGAAACAUUAGGAUACGUCACGUUUGACUUCAUGCAACAUUUAUGACGCUUUACUUAAGGUAUUCUCUUUGUCCUAUCAGCUGGCUCUGAUCCACACAUUGAAAGGGCAAACUGUGUGAGUCAGAGAUUUCCCUCCAUUUCCAGAAGUGAAUUAAAAGAAAGGAUAUGUUUGUAUUAAAUCACCUGACAUGAACUGAGAGUGAAAGUUUUUUUUCUGUGGAAAAAAUCUGAUACAAUGACCUUUAGUGAAGCAUUUGUGUUAAAUAUCAGAUAUGAUUGUAUUUUUUUUGCAGUUGGCACAUAACAUGCAGGGUUGUUGGUAAAACGAGGCAAGUUGUUGAGAAAUCAUUUUGCAUGGUUGCAUUAUGUGUGAGACCACAACUGCUUUUGCUCUAUUGAUCUACUAUUUGAGUAGUGGUGUGUUUCAAUAUAAUUUUUGAUCUUUUUGAAUUCCUAGACUCUUUUACAU